UUCCAAUCCCCUCCAGAUCAUGUGAUUCAGGUGUUCCAAUCCCCUCCAUAUCAUGUGAUUCAGGUGUUCCAAUCCCCUCCAUGGACACAGGUGUAUACAAUCAAGCCCCUAGGCAUGCAGACUGCUUCUACAAACAUUGGUGAAAGAAUGGGUCGCUCUCAGGAGCUCAGUGACUCCAAGCGUGGUCCCGUGAUAGGUGGCCACCUGGGCAAUAAGUCCAUCCGUGACAUUUCCUGGCUACUAAAUAUUCCACGCUCAACUGUUAAUGGGAUUAUAACAAAGUGGAAGCAACUGGGAACAGCCACUCAGCCACCAAGUGUUAGGCCACGUCACAUGACAGGGCGGGGUCAGCGCAUGCUGAAGCGCACAGUGCGCAGAAGUCACCAACUGUCUGCAGAGUCAAUAGUUAAAGACCUCCAAACUUGGUGUGGCCUUCAGAUGAGCCCAACAACAGUGCGUAGAGAGCUCCAUGGAAUGGGUUUCCAUGGCCGAGCAGCUGCAUCCAAG